CCCCUCUUUUUCUACAGACUCCUCAGAUUUUUAUCUGUUGUCAAUCCAUUCCGGUCCGGUAGAAUCAAAUCCAACUGGAUUUUAAAUUCCACAUUGGUUGUUGGUAAUGUUUAGAAGAGUGGUGGGUGAAAUGUCAAAAACUGUAGUGUUUGUUACUGGUAAUGUAAAAAAGCUUGAGGAAGUUACUGCAAUACUGGGUAAUCAGUUACCAUUCAAUCUUGCAAAUAGAAGUAUAGAUCUACCAGAAUUCCAGGGAGAAAUUGAUGAAAUUUGUAUAUUAAAAUGUAAGGAAGCAGCAAGGAUUAUCAAAGGACCUGUGAUAAUAGAAGAUACAUGUCUUUGUUUUAAUGCAUUUGGCGGUCUUCCGGGGCCAUACAUCAAAUGGUUCCUCCAAAACCUGGGAGUCCAGAAACUUCCUCGGUUACUUGACAGCUGGGAGGAUAAGACAGCGAAAGCUGUUUGUACAUUUGCAUAUACUGAGAGCGAAGAUUCCGAGGUGAAAUUGUUCAAAGGAGAAUGCCCGGGCCUUAUAGUCGACUCGAGGGGACCAGAAACAUUUGGAUGGGAUUCUUGUUUCCAACCGGAUGGCUACACCAAAACAUUUGCUGAAAUGCCAAAGGAUAAGAAAAAUGAAAUUUCUCAUAGAAGUAGAGCCUUAGCUAAGCUUAAAACAUUCUUUAUAGAUAUGAAGGACUGUGAAUAAGUAAAUAGAAGUAAUAAAAAGUUAUUGUUGAAUGUG